AAAAGUGGUUAGCCUCACCUAAAAAAUUGGUUGAGCAGCUUAAAUUUGUUUCAAGUCCAGAGAAUGGGGUCACACACUCUGUUUUCAUCUGCUACAUGUUGCCAUCAUGAUUCUGUUUAUAAAAAACCCGACCCGUUUACCCAAAUAAACAUGUUACAACAAAGUCAAUGGUUAGGGACUAUCAGAUUCCCCCUUAAUUACUCGAAUCUGCGACCCGCCUCAUCCAAGACCCGACCCGUAUCCGCCACCAUUACUUUCAGUCUCCCAACAGCGAAUCCUGAAAGGUUCAAAUCUACGAGUACUGAGAAAGCAGCCGGGUGGUCAUUGAAAGGAAUAAAGGCAUUUGCAAUGGGGGAGUUGGAAGCGAGGAAGCUCAAGUUUUCCGCAACUGGUACCGAGGCUAUUCUCAUGGGAAUUUUGGUUGAGGGGACGAAUCGUGCUUCAAAACUCUUGCGUGCAAAUGGCUUCACAUUAAUGAAAGUGAGGGAGGAGGCCAUCAAAUUGAUCGGAAAGCCUGACUAUUUCUUUUUCAGUCCCGAGCAUCCUCCUCUAACUGAAGCGGCCCAAAAGGCCUUGGAUUGGGCUGUUGAUGAAAAACUUAAAUCAGGUGAUGAUGGGGAAAUUACAACUUGUCACCUGCUUCUUGGAGUAUGGUCCGAGAAAGAAGCUGCAGGGUGCAAAAUAAUGGUUACUCUUGGCUUCAAUGAUGACAUAGCAAAAGAACUUCACUCUUUAAUUUCUAAACCUGGAUUUGUUGAAGAUUAACUUCUUCUCCAGCAUGCAUUGUUAUCACUCUUUCCCUUCCAAAUGAAUCACCAUUUAAUUUUAA